AUGGUUCAGGAGUGGCUCAUGUUGAAGACUACAUCUGAGUUUGACCUCGCACCAUCAGAAGAAGAGCAAGGGAUCUUCCUUGGUAGUAUUUUAGUGCAGCCUACUUUGAUUUCCAGGAUUAUUCAAGGUCAAGCGCAGGAUGAGUUCGCACGUACAGAGUUGGCAGAGUUAGCUACUGAGAUUAGUGAUAGUCCUUCUGAGUGGGCAAUUGGAUCAAAUGGUGGUUUGAGGUUGAGAUCGAGAUUAUAUGUUCCGGAUUGUGAUGAUCUCAAGGGGAAGAUUCUUCGGGAGGCACAUCGAUCUCGAUACACUAUACAUUUGAGGAGUACCAAGAUGUAUAAGGAUCUACGAAGGCAGUUUUGGUGGAAUGGGAUGAAGAGAGAUGUGGCAGAGUAUGUGUCCAGGUGUCUUACCUGCCAACAGACUGAUGGGCAGACUGAGAGAGUGAACCAAGUGAUGAAAGAUACGUUGCGAGCUUGUGUCUUCGACUUCAAGGGAAGUUGGGAGGAUCAUCUGCCGCUGGAAGUUGGAGAUAGAAAACUUUUGGGUCCUGAGAAUGUUCAAGAGACUACCGAGAAGAUCUCUAUUAUCCGUGACAGGAUCCGAACGGGACAGAGUAGGCAGAAGAGCUAUGCUAAUUUGAAGAGGAGACAAGUUGAGUUUGUAGAGGGUGACCAUGUGCUCUUGAAUGUCUCACCCAUGAAGGGUGUGAUGAGAUUUGGCAAGAAGGGAACGUUGGCACUGAGGUAUGUUGGACCUUUUGAGAUUUUAGAUAGGAUGCUGAGAAAGUAUAUCCAGGAUGAGUCACAUAUGAUUGAUUAUGGUACUAUUGAGGUGAAUGCGGAUGUGACCUUUACUGUUGAGCAUUUCCGCAUCUUGGAUAGGUCGACAAAGAGGCUUCGUAGGAAGGAGGUUGACUUGGUCAAGGUGAUGUAG